CUUCGCGGUUAAAGCUUCGCGAUGCUGCUCACGGAACUGGUAUUAGUCAAAGUGCUACUGGUAGCUGUAAAUGCGGAAUACCACGCGUCAUUCCCAUUUACUAGAAGAGAAAACUCAAAACUAGAGGAUAAUCAAGAAGUUGACGAAAGCUUUCGGCUCCCAAACGAAACCUUCCCCACUCACUACACGAUCCAUCUUAGAACUGCAGUGCACGAAGGCGUUACGGACUUCCAGGGAAGCGUAGAUAUACAGGUGAAUGUAGUUCAACGAACUGAUAAGAUUACUGUGCACAAUCGUGGGUUAUCCAUCCUCGCUGCGACGCUGUACCACGUUCAAAACGAUGAUUUAGUGAAGAUUGAUCAACCGAACGGAUACCAUGACGAACGAACGGAACAUUUUGUAUUCCAAUGUGCAUCACUUCUCAGCAUAGGAACCUACCUUCUUAGCAUCGACUACACUGGAAAACUGCAGUAUCCAACCUCGAAUGGGUUUUUCAUGAAAUUCUACCGCGACGAGACCAACCACCGACGAUCCAUUGCGUCUACCCAAUUCGAACCGACACGUGCUCGUAUGGCCUUUCCGUGCUACGACGAACCGACACUAAAGGCCACCUUCUCCGUAUCGAUAACUCACCACAGAACGUACAAUGCUGUGUCCAACAUGCCUAUGGACGAUCUUGAGGUGGUAGACAUGGAUUAUGUAACCAGCAGAUUCAAGAAGACGCCGCUAAUGUCCACCUAUUUGGUGGCGUUUGUAGUGUCUGAUUUCGAAACCAAAAGCUUGGGUCAACAGCAAAUCCAUGCCCGGUCGAAUGCCAUUCGCGAAACUGCAUUCGCGCUUCAAGUGGGUAAGAAGAUAUUGGACGCCUUAAAUUUUCACACGGGUGUUUCCUACUAUAACUACAUGCCAAAACUGGGACAGAUCGCUGUUCCGGAUUGGGGAGCUGGAGCGAUGGAAAAUUGGGGAUUAGUUACUUAUGGUGAACCAGGAUUGUUAUUCAACCCAGAACGGAAUGCUUUCCACAAUCAGAAGUAUAUAGUUACUACGAUUGCACACGAGUAUGCCCAUCAAUGGUUCGGAAAUCUUGUGACCACCGAUUGGUGGCAAUAUAUUUGGCUCAAUGAAGGAUUCGCUACCUUGUAUGGUUACUAUGGAGCACAACUGGCGAUUCCAGAUCAGGCUUACAUGGAUCUCUUCCAAGUAGAGGUUCACCAGUUGGCGUUGGGGACGGAUGCUAGCGAAACGACACGACCCAUGGAUUGGAAUGCUGAUUCGCCUGCUGCGAUCUCUGCGCUGUUCGAUAGGGUUGCUUAUGAGAAGGCUGGGAGUGUUCUAAACAUGUUUCGAAUCAUCAUAGGAGAUGAUAAAUGGAGGGCUGCUAUUAAAGAAUACCUCUUAUCCAGUCAACUGUCUGCUGCGAAGCCAGAUGAUUUGUAUGCUGCCUUAGAGAACACAAUCUCUCGAGAAAACAACAUUCCAGAUAACAUGACAAUUAAGACGAUCAUGGAAUCGUGGAUAACUGUGGCAGGCUAUCCUGUUCUAAACGUUCGGCGAAACUAUCAUACUAAGAAAGUGAUCAUAUCCCAGGAACGAUUCCUAAAUGACAAAAGAGUGCCCAAUGAUCAUGUUUGGCACCUCCCUUAUAAUGUAGCCAACCAACGCGAUCAGAACUUUGAACUGGCUAGCUUUGAGUGGUUGACUACGAAAGCGGCUGAGAUUACGAUCGAUGCUGCUGAUCCUGGGCAAUGGUUAAUUUUCAAUCGUCAACAGUUCGGAUUUUAUCGUGUCAAUUAUGACACGCGCAAUUGGGAACUGAUCACUGAUGCUUUGAUAGUCUCAUCGAGUAGCGUCCAUCCAAACAAUCGCGCCCAGUUGAUCGAUGAUGCGUUUAACCUUGCUCGUGCUGAUCUUCUAGAUUUUGGAGUUGUUCUGCGUUUACUGACAGCUGUCGCUGGCGAUCAGGAGUAUCUGCCAUGGGCCGCUGCAGAUAACGUAUUGGUCUAUCUGUUCGGCAAGCUGCGCGGAACUGUUCACUAUGAGGGAUUCGAAUCCUUCGUUCACUUUUUGAUCGGACAGCACUAUCCAUCCAUACAGAUUGAAUCUGUAGAUGAUGACGGAACCUUGAUAAGAAAUUAUUUCAGACGACUUAUCUCAACAUGGGCUUGUAGAACCUACUAUGCUGAUUGUAUGACAAAAGCACAAGAAACUUUCAAAACAGCUGUCAAUGCCAAUGUUGGAACACAUCCGGAUGUUUCGUCUGUGAUCUAUUGCUAUGGUAUCCAGCACGCAACGAAUGAUGAAUUUUCGUGGUUGUUGAAUCGCAUGUUGAUAUCAAACAAUGCCGCCGAACGGAUGGCUCUCAUCGACGCUAUUGGAUGUGCCCAAAAAGCGGAUCACCUGAAGACUUUCCUAGCCUCGUCGAUCAGCGCUGCGGAGGAAAUCAAUUACUACGAAAGUGAGCGCGUGCGGAUGUUACAUUCCGUUUACACAUCAGGUCGGACGGGCGUUGACGCAGUGAUUCGUUUUUUGAACGAUCGGAAUGUGGCGGAGGAUGUUAUCCGGUUGCUUGGACAGUCUGCGUUCAAUGAUGCCAUCAGCAAUAUCGCAUCGCGUACAAACACUGUGGAAGAGUUUGAUGAACUGAAGCAACUGCUGGAUAAGGUCGGAACGCUAGUAUCGGAAGAGGUGAUAAAAAGUGCAUACGAUAAGUUCAAAGAGAACUUAGAUUGGCACGAAAGUCUUGAGGGUUUGAUUGUGACCGAAUUCCUCGAACAAUAUCAUGACAAGCGAUAAUCUUAGAUUUUACGUAAAUAAACAGCACGGUAGCUGUUGAUAA